AUGAAGCGAAGGGUGCUACGCGCACACGCGAACAAGCGUCGACUUAGACUCCUAAGCGCCGAGCACGGACUUCGUCUCGAUGCGUACAGUAUUCUCUGCGACGCCUCCUUUCUGCGCGCGUUGAUGCUUGCCACGGGCGCCAGUGACCGCUCCCCGGCGCGGGCACUGAAGGCGCUCAUGUACGAGACCUUUGCGGCCGCCACGGCGCAUGUUUCGAAGGAGGCGGAGGCGGGGGCGGAGGCCGGCAGCGCCGCGGGUGCCCCGCAGGUGCGGAGGCCCAAAGACCUGACUCUCGCACUCUACUAUCUGCCGGAAACCGCCACAUCGCUUCGUCGAAUGGCCCAGCAGCGGCUAGCGGGGUGGGAGACUGCCUCGGCGCCACGCAAGCAGAAGGAAAGAAAUGAAGGGAGCGCGACAACUCCAGCGGUGCGUGAUGAGCGCCGGACCCCUCUUUCGAUGGUGGAGUCGCUCUUGGCAGGGCUGGAGUGUGCCGGUGGCGAGGCCGCCGCAACCGGUAGAAACGAGGCCAAGGCGAUAGCCCAGUUUCUCGCGGCAGCGGGGUCAGUUGAGAGCCGCAUCCCACACGCGGCACAGGAGCGGAAAAACGCCCACUUUUUUUUCGUCGCCACGCAGUCGCACGACGUUCGCCGGCUGCUGCCACGCAGCGCCGCCCUCAUUCGUCUCACGACUUCCCCCACGGCUUUGUGGAUUGAAAGAAACGGCGACGCAUUCCACUACGGCGAGGAGGGCGCUGCUAACAGCACCCCUCGCCAGGAGUCGGCCGCGGCCGCGGGGGGCAAAGUGCUAUCGGCGGCAGAUGUGGCCUUCAUGCGGCACCUCUCGGCAGACCUCGUGCCGGCCGCAGGGGCAAACAAAAGGCGCCGGUCGGAGACAAGCAACGCCGCUGCGGCGAAGAUGCCUGACACCACGGCCGCCCCGCAGCCGAAGGCGGCGCCAAUGACGGGCCACAAGAGCAGCAUGAGAAGGGGAAAUGCGACGCGGUCUAGAAGGAAAGCCGUGGGCGGGCCAAACCCGCUUGCGGUGAAGAAGAAGCGCGUUCGUGAGGUGUUUCGGGUGGAUUUAGGGGCGUCGAAAAAGCCGAAAUGA